GUACACUCGGGGCUUUCCAAGAACGUUCGCACACACGCGUGGCUAACGUUUGCACACACACACGGACGCGCGUCUUGCAACUGUCAGCGCGCGCGCAGCUCCGCAGUGCUCGUUCCGUGUUCCUCCGUCGAUGAACUAGAAUUAGUUUAUUUAUCAUUUUGUAUUUAUUCCUUGCUGUUUUUAUUGGAUAUUUUGGAUUGUUUCUACUUUGGUGUCAAAAUGACACCAAAAUCGAACAGCUGUUGCGGCAUCAGCCUGCGUCCACUAUGCUUCAUGAUUGGAUACCUGCAUCUGGCGUCAAGCGUGGUGGAUGUGGUCUGUCAUCUACUGACCGUCGCCAUUGUCACCAAUGGGUUCCAGUGUGAUGUGAACAAUGAAAGCCUCCAAGCAAUCUCCAUACCAUGGCUGGAACCCCUACUGAUAGUGCUGAAUCUGGGCACCCAUGGUUUCUACCCAUACCCUCGCGUCUUCCGCAACCAGUACCACAUCUACGUGGAACAGAUGUCCGUGGCCUCGGAACCUAAGUGCUACCCUGGAAUGCUGCAUAUCUACCUGAUAGACCUUCUUAAUUUCUUGAUAAACCUUAUCUGGUUGAGGAUUGUCGUUUCUUAUGUUGGGGCUGUACAUAAGAAAAACCCUGAACCUAUGCGUAUGUUCCUGAGCCUCUCUGUGGUAAAGCUGGUGAUGCAGGCCAUGUACUUUGGCUACCAGCCCUUCUUCUACGACGUCUACACUAUUGAAACUGUCUGGUUCUUGAAGCUCACUGAUAUUUUGAUCGCCAUAUUCUUCCUGAUAAUAGUGCAGAAGUAUACAAAAGCCUUGAGGCUAGAGACGGCAGCUACCCAGAAUAUUGAGAAACCACCAUCGUACAUCGAAUGCCUGAUCAAUGGUCAUGUCCGUCCACCAAGCUACGAAGUCAAAGAAGAAGUAGUCAUCGUAGAUGAGGAAAGAAAACAGAACAUUGAAAACGCAGAAAAGUCCUGAUUGGUCCAAAUUUAAAUUAUUUAACGGUGUAAUUCUAAUAAACGCUUGCUAUUGGCUACUAUAAACUAAGUUAAAGUAGGUAAAUGAGGAAGUAUUAAAGUCAUUGGCAUUCUUAUAUUUUUGGGGACCUAAAAAUGUUUAAUUUUAUAACAAUUUAUUGAUAAGUCCUUAAACUUGAUCUUUUCUCUGUCGUCGAGUAUUUUUUUAUGAAUAGUUUAAGUGAAAAU